GUGUCGCUUCCGCACAGCGCACUGUGGCUGAAAUCGUUGCUUCUCGCGUAGGACUCGGGCCAGAAGCCGCUCUUUCCCAGGCUGUGCCGUGCCGGAACGCUCUGCUCCGGUCCCGCCCGCUCCGCUCCGGGCUUUCCGUCCGAUCCUCGCUUCCCGCCGGCGCAAGGCCCCGUCCCCGCCCGCGGCCGCGUAGUCGGAGCGGCGCGGCGUUGCCGCGGUUGCCGUUGGUCGCUAUGCGCUUUAGGGCUAAGAUCGUGGAUCUCGCCUGUCUCAACCACUUCAGCCGUGUAAUUAACACGAUCGCGAAAUUAGCCAAGAGCUGCACCCUGCGUCUGACAGAGAGCAAGCUGUACUUCAUCCUGUCCGACAGAGUUGCUAAUGGAGGAGUCAGCAUGUGGGGCGAGCUGUGCCAGGGGAAUUUCUUUGAUGAAUAUCAGAUGGAGGGAGUAGCUGUAGAUCACAAUGAAAUAUAUUUAGAGCUCAUGCCUGAGAACCUGUCAAGAGCAUUAAAAACAGCCCAGAGUGCAAAGGCAGUGAAGAUCAAGUUGACUAACAAACAUUCUCCCUGUCUCAGAGUUGCUGUGGAGCUACCAUCCUUAUCAAGCAGCAGUAGGAUUGUGACACAUGACAUUCCUGUGAAGGUUAUUCCCAGAAGACUAUGGAAUGACUUCAGAGAGCCCAGUGUGCCAGACUUUGAUGUCAGUAUUUACCUACCAGCACUGAAAACAAUGAAGAAUAUUGUGGAGAGAAUGAAGAAUAUCAGCAAUUGUAUUGUGAUUGAAGCAAAUUUGAGUGGAGAAAUGAACUUAAAAAUAGAAACUGAUGUAGUAUCUGUAACAACACAUUUUAAAGAUUUGGGAAAUCCUCCCUGGGCAUCAGAGGAUGGAUGUCAAAGCUCUGCUCCAGGCAGAGAUCUGCAGAGCAUGGCUGAAGCACGCAUAGACAUCAAGAAGUUGCAGCAGCUGCUUGUAGGACAGCAGGUCAAUCCCACAAAAGCCUUGUGCAAUAUCGUGAGUAAAAGAAUUGUCCACUUUAUCUUGCUCCAUGAAGAUGUUUCACUUCAGUAUUUUAUUCCAGCGCUUGUCUGAAUGUUUUGGAAUCGUAGCCAUUUUCCAACUGAGGCCUUUCCCACAAAGUGGGGUAGCAACUUACCUUGGUGUUGUCUGGUUUAUAAAUAUGUUUGUGAUUUUCUGUGAGAUAGGGGUGGGUGGGAGGAAAGGGGUCACUAGUCUUCUUUUAAUAAAAUGUAAGAUGUAAUCCAUCAAUUGAGGCAAACAAAUGCUUUAUGCUGUUCUUUUGAAGCAGUUGACACCUGUGCUUGUUGAGUCACUGGAUCUGUAGAAAUCUCAUUCUUCUUAAUGGUGCUGCUUGUCUGCUUCCAGAAAGGACAAGGUAGGGUGGUUGUUUCUUUGUUAGGAAUAUUUUUUUGGAAUAUGUGGGACAUUCAGCCUGUGGAUAUUCAAAUUGAACGUUUUUACUCUUUCAGAAAAGAAGACAGUUCUGGGUGUUAUAGUGUGGUACAACCAGGCAGGCGUUCACUGCACAUGUUUACUGAGCACAGGCAGCUGUUAAGCAUGUUUGUUGUUUUUUUUUAAUUAAAUAGCUAAGAAGCACUUUAAGUUUCUGACUCUAAUGGCAGGAGAUCCUGAAAGCAGAAGACUUUCAAGACACGUUGCACCUCCUGGUUAUCCAGAUGUCUGUAUUUGAGAUGAACUGCUGAGUUACGCUCCUGUUGUUCACGCUGUGUUUUGGUUAAAGUGCAAGGCCAGUAGGAAGUGGACAGAUAAGUAAUCCAGAAUUGAAGCUUUCUGGAGCAGUUAUAGAAUUGUUGUUCUUGAGUGGGGAAAUAAUUCCAAUUUGGCAUUGUUGGAAACGCUUGGAAUCCAUAAUUUUCCAUCAGGCAAAGAUAUCAGUGAAGCAGGAUUUUAUCAUUCUGUAUUACAGUAGCGGCUGCGCGCCCCCUUGUGGCAGGGGUGAAAACGCACUGAAUCAGUGGAACACCAUCGUGCAGCCUUUUCUUCCAUCGCAUUACGACUCUCCUGUUCCCCUAUUGGCUAGGUGCUCCAGGCUCACAAUAUACGCAACGUGUUUGCUUAUCAAUUUUUCCAUAUAAGGUCUAUCACCAAGCUAUUGUUUUUAAGAUCACUUUGGGUGCAGGAGGGUGAUGUUUCUUGAAGCUGUCAUGCCUGUUUCAUUGCAUGCCAGGCUUUCCUUACUCUGCUCUGUAUUUUUUGCCUUAUCCCUCGCUACUUACAAAAGCCAUGUUUAAGAAAGAAGAAACCCAUAUCAGGUAGUAUCUAAAGGUUAACUAGCCCCAAUUCCUGAUUUAUGAUACCUUUUAUGGUGUUCUAGGAAGCAUAGAUUAUUUAUUUACAUUUAUUUAGCAGCCUUUUCCUUUUCAAUGAACUUAAACAUUCUUUUGUGAAAGUUGGUAUUGUUCGUGUUUGAUCACUGUGGGUGUUGCUCAGACCCUUUGGAUUAAUUUACUACCCUGUUCGGGGCAUCCUAGCCUCCAUUCUGUUCUGCUGCUCAGCAUUGUUCUUGUGAAAAACAACCAAGGCAGGCAUUUUAACCUGCAUAGCUAUUUUGUAAGAAAGGUGUAAGUUUGGUAAGGGUCUGUACCUUGGUAUUGGAAGUUUCUACUGCAGAAACACAAUUCUCACGUCAUGCAGCUAUGAAAAGAAUCUAAGAGCAGUCUUGCCAAGAGAAGUUAUUGAUAGUUCUAAAAUACUGUGUUGUUGCAUACUCUGAGUAUCUGAAGAAGAGACAUAAUAGGUUUCCCAUAUAUUGUUUUAUGAUCUGCAAAAAGACCAUCUAUUCUUAGUUUAUGCCCUGGUGAGAUGGUGAAAUAGGCAUUGAGGGAUAGGAACAAAGCUGCUAUCCUGUGCUCUGUUACUGUGGAAAGCUGCAUCACAAGCUUCUUAGAUUCCCUGUCAGAAACUUUUCCAGAGAUUCCCCCCUUCUUGUAGAUGCAUGUAUUCUUUUUGCUGAUGUUUUCCUUUUUGCUGAGAUUGAUUUUAUUUUAUUUUUUUUUUAAUUCUUUUUAGUGAGAAAAGCCCUUCUCCAUACUGAAAGAUUUUUAUCAAAGCCACUUCUAUGCCUCUUUUUGCUUAUAAGGCUAAGUGUGCUUCCUGGAAGCUUGUCCCUUAAUUCUGAUGUGUUACAAGAGUUCUGCAACUGACUUGUUGUUUUCACUUUUUAUGCUAACGCAUAUUGCCCUUGUAUGCAUCCAGGUGUGUCUUGAACAUCUCCAGAGGAGAAUCCACCACCCCUUGGGCAGCCUGUUCCAGGGCUCUGUCACCAUUACUGUGUAGAAAUUCUCAUGCACGUUUGUGCAGAACUUCCUCUGCUUCAGUCUGUGGCCCUUUCCCCUUGUCCCAUGAACACACACUGCUGAAAGGAGUCUGGCCUCGUCCCUUUGCCUCCUGCACCUUAGGUAUUAAGACACUUACCAGAUCCCUGAGUCUUCUUUUCUCAAGGCUGAACAGACUCAGGUUACUCAACCUUCCCUCAUAAGAGAGGUGCUCCAAGCCCUUUGUGCCCCUCCACUGGACUCUUUCCAGGAGAUCCCUGCCUUCUUUUGUACCGGGGAGCCCAGAACUGGACACAGUGCUCCAGGUGCUCCUGGACCAGCCCUCCUCAAAUAGGGGGAACCUCUCCAUUUCCCAGACUCUCUUCCCUCCAGGGUCCGGGAGUCCCAAGGGCAAGUCUUUGAACAUUCCAAACCAUGGGACUUUAACCCACUCCAAACCAUAACAGAAAACAGCAAUAAGAAUACUGACAACACCAGAACAAGAUGUGGGGGACUCAAACCUCUAUGCCACCUUCACUGUCCGCAGAGGUCUGUUCUCUGCUCAUAUUACAAUAUUCCCACAACCUUAGCACCAAAUGGCCACCGUGGUGGGACUUAAAGCCACAGUCUUUGGUGGGACACAAAGCCUUAUUUAAGUUGAACCCUUUUAUCAAGUCGGUGAGGGGACUUGAACCUAUAUACCAAACCUUGGUGCUGUCCAGGCUUUUGCCUGAAA